AUGGACCAUAACAUAGCAGCUCAUCUGCACCAUACACACAUAGACUCCAUCAGCUUCGGCAUCGAUCAAAUCCUUAACAAUGCAGAGCAGGGGAGUUGUAUGAUUUCUAACCCCAGGAUGCAGGACUUGGACUACGGGCUGGGCAGCAUUGUCAGCAAUGCCUAUAACACCAUGACGGGCAACUACAGCAGCAAUAACACCGGCGGAUACAACGGAAACGCAUGUAGCGCUGCACCGCUCGCCGCCCAGUACAAUGUAAACAUGGGCAUGCACGGGAACGGGAACGGCCUGAACCCGUCAGGAGUGAUUCGGGUACCCGCACACCGGCCCCUUACCAGCAUGCAGUCCUCCAUGCCACCAAGCGCUGCCUCGGUGCCAAACAUGGCAGGUAUGGGUACUUUCAACAAUCUCACAGGAUUAACGUUUCCCUGGAUGGAGAGUAACAGGAGAUACACCAAAGAUAGAUUCACAGUGGCCCUCUCACCCUUCACUGUAACACGCCGUAUAGGUCACCCGUACCAGAACCGCACCCCGCCCAAAAAGAAGAAGCCGCGGACCUCGUUCACCCGCCUGCAGAUCUGCGAGCUGGAGAAGCGCUUUCACCGUCAGAAGUACCUGGCGUCCGCUGAAAGAGCCGCACUGGCCAAAGCACUGAAAAUGACUGACGCUCAAGUCAAAACAUGGUUCCAGAACAGAAGAACAAAAUGGAGGAGGCAGACGGCGGAGGAAAGAGAGGCCGAAAGGCAGCAAGCAAACCGGUUACUGAUGCAGCUGCAGCAAGAAGCGUUUCAGAAAACUCUGAACCAGCCGGUAACUCCAGAUCCCAUCUGCCUCCACAACACCUCCCUGUUCGCCCUGCACAACCUGCAGCCAUGGACUGAGAACAGCGGCAAACUCAGCAGUGUAUCCACCUGUGAUUAA